AAAGGAGUGUCCGCCGCUGCUGCCUUCAGGGGAUGUUCUUAAACUCAAAAUAUAUAAUUCCGACUGUUCCCCCCUAAAGUUAUUUUAGAUGGAAACUGCACCAAAUGACAUUACGUACAUGUACAUAAAAUAUUCCUCUUUUUAGUUGAAAAUUAACUAAAUUAUUUAAGCUCUAAAUUCCGAGCAAUGAAAGGGAAAAAAGCAAUAUCUCGUUAAACUUAAUAAUUACGACGACUUCCAGUCUGCGCGAAAGCGGCAUCAGAUCAAUAGAAAGUGCGACAUCUGGUGGCGAUAAAGCAUUAUCACACCCGGACACCAAAAUACAUGUAAAUCUUCGGAAAUCUCUACAUAAAACCCUAAAUGUUAUCAAUACAUUGUAACUUUUAUGAAAUUAUUUUAUUUAUUUAUUUUUAAUAUAAAGUUAUGUAAUUAGUAAUGAAUCAAUCAAUAUGAAAACAAAAUAUGACGUGUGAGUAAUAAGAAAAUUAAUUAAAUAUCACGUCACGUUCCCUGUCAACAUUCACUCUUUGAAAUUAAAUAACAUUAAAAAAUGCAUGAAGAAGUGGGUACAAAAACGGACUAUACCUGCAUGACCGAUGCAACUUGUGGAUAGUGUCUGCUCUGUUGAUCACAGAUGGGAUACGCUGCUUCUUUCUGCAGCAGUUGUCAUCAUCAGCACCAGAGCAACCAGCGCUGGCACUCUCAUAAAAGAAACUUCACUUGUUCAAUUGUUACUGAGCAGUCCACGCCUUCACAGCCCAGAAAAACAAGGCUUCCUGCGAAUAGACCUAACGGGAAUCUACCGUCUUUUGGAGAGUUUCUCUGCUUCUCCUUAUGCUGAGCUGGACUGAUAAUGCAGCUGUCUUGUGAGUCAGUGAGAUAUCCUGAGGACAGAAGACCGGCCAGUUGCAAGUUUGUGGAGCUCCAUGUGCUGUAUGUGCCAGAUGACCAGUGGAAUGUGAAGCUCAAUAAAGUCCCAGCUGAUGCUAUAGAGAGCUUCAUAUCUGCAGGCUUCAUCAGGGUUUAUCCUGAUACCACCCUGAAAACUCUGAGGAGCGAGCUGGGAACUUUUCUUGGCGCUGAGAGGAGCAUCGACAAAUUCUCCUUCCUGAAAUGUGUGGGCCGCAGUUUGGCACUGGUCAAGAGCAAACAGGAGAGGGAUCUUAAAGUGAAAACAUUCGCUCCACCGUAUGCUCCACAGCCGGAGCUUUACCUGCUGCCCACUGUGGAGAACGACAGCAGUGUUUGCUCCCAGUCUCUCACCCCAGACACCAGCAGCAGCUCCCCAGACCAACAGACCUAUUACCCCCCUCCCAAGACAUGCAGCCUGCCAGCAGGAACAAAGGAGCCUGUUAAAUUCCCCCUCAUCCCCCAGUGUUCCCAUCAGACACCUCCCACUCCCAGCCUGGAAGAGGAGGAGGAGGAGGAGGAAGAUGAGGAGCAGAGCUAUAGUUCUUCAGAGUCAGAGAGAGAAAAUGAAGAGGAGGGUCUCUCUUCCAACAAUGUAGAGUGGGCAGAGCAGCAAUGUUGCACAAGGAAGCAUCAGAAUCAAAGAGCACCACAGCCUGAUUCACAGAAUAAUGGUACAAUUAAAGCUUUACAGCGAUGUGAAGCAGAUUCAGCUCAGGUGAAGGAGUCGCCAGAGAUCGAAGAAACGAGCAGAAAGAAGAAACAGUACCACAGACAGAACAGAGCAGCCAGAGAUUCGGGAGUCGCUCAGUCUCUGGAGGAUAGAGAUUCAGGCUUCUCCCUCACAGACGGGCUCGGGAAAUCAAAAGAUGUACACGCACUGAAGUCCAUCAGGAAUAAACCAACAAAUGGAGUGCCAGAGAGUCCAGCCGUGUUGUCUCGACCUGGGUUCACUUCUCCACCUUCAGGACUAGACUUGGACACCGUCUCUCAAAAAACGACUGGCCAUCCUGUCUUUCAGACAAACAGAGAGGAACUGAUUGAGGAAAUCAAGUUGGUGAGGGAGGAGAGAAAGCAGCUGGAGUGGACAAGGCAAGAGUUGCUCAGAAAGGGGAAAGAUUUAUUGGCUCAAAACAGACACCGCAGGAACCAAGCCCGUGACAGUUGGAAGAAGAAAUAUUUUGAAACUAAGAAGGCAACUGCACCAUUAGAGGAAAAUCUGAGAAAUUUACGACAGGAGUUGGAGACAUUUUACAACAAACUCUUGCACCAGCUCCAGGCCAGAGAUAACCGAGGGAAGCCAAGACGACAGGGCAGAUCUUCCAUAAAGAACGAGCUCAUCAUUCAGAUCAUGACGGAGAGCCAUGAGAUUGACAACCUUAAGAGAAAGGUAGAGGAUGCCAAGAUGAAGCUGAUAACAGAGAUAAAGUUGAGGAAACAGGCUGCCACAGAGCUGAGGGCCCUGAAGGCUGAGCUGGCACAGAAGAAGAACCAGUCCUCUCAUCCUGGUCCCACGUCUUCUCUGGGCUUUGGAAAUACCACAUGGGACAGACCGCAAUUUCAAAGAACCUCCAUCUAAUUCAGUACAUGCCAGGGUUUCUACAGCUUAAGGCAAGUUAGAUUUAAGACUGUUUAGGACUUGUUUUAAUGCCACUCAGAAUGCUAUUUAAGACCAAUUUUACCUUAUCCAAAAUUGAAGACAUUUCUGAUUGAUUUAAGACAUUUUAAUACCAAUCAAAGCUUUAUUUUAGAGAAAUUAAUUCAAUGCCUAUUAAGACUUUUUAAGGAUCAACCCUGAAAUGCAGAACUGUUGUCUGGCCUCAACUUUGCUGGAACAGCAGUUCAUUUGUUUGAUUUUAUGCAGCUGUACUGUCUA